GUUUCAUAUACAUAAUGAUAUUAUGUAAUACACCAGUUAUAUUAUGUGAAGUCGCUUUGAGGGGACCAGUGAGACGUGAAGUGACUAUUGCUAUUAAAUCCUUAAAUUUAUCUUAUCCUCGAUAUAAUUGAUUCGGUUACACUUUGGGAUAAAUGGAAUAAUUUAAAUUCAAGUGUUCUAACGGCGACGAAACUGUUGAGAAUGUUGCGAUUUUUACGGCUGUGCAAAUUGGCCCGGGUAUCUGUACCAAAAAUAAUGGCGUAUAUAGACCGAAUGAUAGAUAUACAACUGGCGUUCGGAUAUGACGUUGGAAAGGGAUUCGUAACUGGUGAAACUGAGGUGUGCAAUCUCUUGCCUCAGCUGGUUGAUAAUCAGCAGAUUCAAGAGACCCUUUAUAAUAGACUCGAGGCUGACAGACUCGUUGUAACCCGCCAACUGGGUUUGCUACAAAGAGACAGGCCAUGGACAGCAAUCACAGUGAAGACGAGACAAGCAACCACGUCUACCCUUAAUAUAAUGCUCUCAGAUGCAAUGCAACUAAAGGAAGAAGGUUUUCUAGACGAAAUGGAGUACCGUUUACUAGUAAACGCGGUACAAGAGAAAGUUCAAGCUAUUCGACAUAAGGGUAGCUUAGUGGCACCCUCUUUACCAGAGACCCAGCUCCGCGCCAUUUCCUGGCUUCAAGGCAACGAGAGAGUAGCAGACUUUUUCAUAGAAAACUCGGAAAUACAUAAUUAUAAUAUUAACGAUGUAUUGAUAUUUAGAGGUGACCAGCCAAAAGGGAUUUACAUUUUGGUAUCAGGGCUGUGUGAAGCGAAAUACAUUCCGCCAGACGACGAAAUGGAUGAGGCGAUUCCCAAUUAUGAGUUCCUCACGGAUUUGAAGUUCUCUGAACCGAGUCAGGAGUAUAUUGUAUCUGGAAAUGCUAUUGGAGUAUUGGGGGUGCUAACGAAUCGUCCUUACAACUAUACAGUACGCUGCGAUUCGGCAGUCCAAGCAUAUUAUAUCACCAUACAAGUAGUCAAAGAUGCAUUCAAUAUUGCCCCACAUCCUAUAAUGGGGUUAGAAGCGUCAAUGUGGCGUGAAAUAGGCAUCAAGUUAUCUCUAAUGGUGCUACCAAACGUUCCAGCUUAUCAUUCUUGGUCAAGCGAGAAAAUCAGUAUGCGAUUGGAACACGCUUUUGUGCCUUGCCUUAAGGCUUUUAAGAUAUUUGUGGUUGGUGAAUUAAUGGAAGAUAUAGUGCUGUUAGACGGAGUGUGUCAGGAUAUGGCUACUAGAGAGGUGUUCCAACCACCUUGUUAUAUACCACGGACAGUCCAUCGUCUUAUAUUUCCAAAGUCAUCACAACUAGUCGUAUCCAGUCAGUGUCCAGAGACAAAAUUAUUAAUAGUCCCAGCAAAAGAUACAGACGAAUUGGACAUUAUGGAGGACGAACUUGACGAUUUACAAUGCGAACUGGUUUCCAACGCCUCCUCCCGUUGCCUAUACCACAGGGUGAUACGAAAAUUAUCUGUUGAAUCGCGCAAUAAGAGCGUUAUGCGCGGGCGCAAGCGGAAACGUGGGGCUAAACGGGUCAACUAUAGGGAGUCCGUGUGGGGAAAACAGAUGUCUUCAUCAACAAUACCGGGGGUAGGAUCUCAUACCGAUAAAGGAGUGUCUAAAUAUUACAAACCGAGCUUGGAUAAUGUGCCUGAAAAAUUGGAAACAUCUCAAAAUAACGGAGAAACCACAUCCCAGCAUAUACAGUCAGCGCGACAGUCUAGGUUGGAUUCUGAACAAGAGAUUUUUAACACCAUGCUGUCUAAGACUAAAGGCAGAACUUCAGACAACAAAUAAUGAUUGCUAACUUUUAUUUAGACAAUUUGAUGAUUCUAUUUAUUUUCUUAUAAAAAUAAAACAUUAUAAUUUGAUAAUUUUAUUUAAAAGUAAAAGAUGACACUGUUAACAAAGUGAUAAAAAAAUAGGAAUGUGAAAUUAAUACUAAAAAGAAAAUCAGACAGACUGGCAAGUAAAUAAUACAAGACCUAAAUGUAAACAAUAUUAAAGAAGUCUGAUGAAAAAUGAUUUUUAUUAUAUUUCAAUCAAAGAGGUCAUAUACCUUUAUAAAAAAUUCUUAACCUAUACUUUUGCCAAUUUCAGUCCAGUAAGUACAAAAAAAUAAGUAUAAAAUAUAAAAUUAUGAUGGCUUAGUGCCCAAGAAAAUGCAUAAGGAAUGAAGUAAAAAUAUAAACUACUUGCUAAAAAUAAAUGUUAAUUGCACACAAAAAAUAUUAAUGAUUCUCAAACACCUAAAUAUUUCAAUUGUUUGAUCCUAGUUUUUGUCAUGUUGUAUAUUUUUGUUAGGUUAUAUAAGAAUCAGUUUUUCCCAGCACACACAUGAC